AUGAAAUCAAAAGAUAUUCCUUUCCUUGAUGAUGUAUAAAAAAAUGUACAAAAAAAGAAAUUAUUUUGUAAAUAUGAGAGCCAAGUGAGAAAUAUUUGGAAUUUGGCCUGGAGUUAAAAAUGUUUAAUUUAUUUUAAGAAACACAUAAAUCAGUUAUGGAUAGAUAACAGAGAAGUAUAAUUAAAAAAAAUAUUUCAGAAUAAUUAUGAAUUAUUAUAAAAAUAAUUUAUAUGCAAAAAUAGAUUUUAAGGCCUUAAUUCUUAUACUCUCUAAACAAUUGGUGGAAAACUACCAGUCUAUGUUACACCUGCACCUUAUGGUUUGGUUGUAAUCUAGGAAUGGUGGGGUCUCAAUUCAUCCAUUUGUAAAACAGCAGAUAUCAUGAGUUCUUAUGGAUUCAAGUGUGUUGUGCCUGAUUUGUAUAGAGGGAAGAUAGCUAAGGAUACAGAAGAGGCAGGACAUCUUCUUUCUGGAUUAGAUUGGAAAUAAGCUUUAAUUGAUAUAGAAGAAUCAGCACGUUAUUUGAAGGAAGAAUUGCAUUGCUAAAAAGUUGGAAUUUUGGGAUUUUGUAUGGGAGGAGCACUUAGCAUAGCAGCGAUUACAACAUCUAAAAUAAUAUCUGCUGCUGCACCAUUUUAUGGUGUAUGUGACUUAAGUGCAUUCAAAUUAUCAAAUGCAAAUGGACCAAUUUUAGCUUAAUUUGGUUAAAAUGAUGAGAUGGUAGGUUUCUCAUCAGUUUAAGACGCUAAAAGAUUAGAAUAAACUGCAUAAUCUGAAAAUAUGGCCAGGAGUAGGACAUGCAUUUUGUAAUCAAGAUAGACCAGAAGUAUAUAACUAAGUAGUAGCUAAGUAAGCCCUAGAUUUGGCAGCAAAGUUCUUACAUGA